AUGGACUCUGAAGCUAUGACAAAGUCCUGGUAUUAUUACCCAUCUCGGAGGAUCCGAGGCCUGCAGUCGGGAGAAGAUGAUAUCUAUUCUCAGAACAGUGAGCCAAAUGAACCCUACUCCGAUGGCGAGUACUCGCCAGAAUCAAAAGGGCAAAGCCUUUUGCGAGGAUACCGAAAGUUACAUGAGCAAUGCGAGCAUCUCGAAAAGAAGUUGGAGGAGUCCACCAAACGUGGUGAAGAUCUCGAAAGGCACUUGAAUUCAAAAACUAGCCGAGUACAGAAUCUUCAGGAAGCACUCGACUCUUGCAAAAAGGAAUUGAACGAAUCAAAGACAGGUCAAGUUAGCGCUGAGGAGAGAUUCCGUCGCCAAACCGAACUCCUCAUGGAAUGCAGUGCAGCGCUGGAUACCUCUCUAGAGGAGAACAGCUCACUGAUAAUCCAACAAGCCACGCUUCAACAAUGGACUGACCACUUAGACGAUGAUGAAGCCAGGCAAACUACGGCGCAGCUAUACCAUCAUCUAGAGACUUGGGUUACGCGGCAUUUUCGUGAUGUUCUUCUUGCAGAUCAAGUCUCACCUGCUAACCCUGAUAUUUUAUUGGCUCAUGAAAGCGACGAUCUGGACAUCUUCUACCGCAUCUAUGCUUUUGUGUCAUACGAGGUCUUUCGGGAAUUUCUAACUCGAACAAUGAUCGGCGUCAAUGAUCGUGAUUUCAAUCACAAGAUUUCCAUACUUGACACUCACAUACGAAAAGAAUGUCCAGCACACGUGGCCCAAAACUGGCGCUCUGCAAUGAGCAGAGUGACAUCCUCAAUCUCGCAUAGAGAUCUAGAGGCCGACUGCAAACGACUCGCUCGGGAAUUGGAUUCUUCAUACUUCCGUUGUUCCUCCAGCGAGCCUCGCCGACGAAUUGAAGACUUAAGAGAGCUACUCGCAAAAUUUGUGUGGCUGAAGUCCAAGUUGGAUGCGCAAGCUGACCUCUACACCUUCAUCUUCCCAGAGCCAGGCACCCCCUUCAACGAAGAGCAAAUGAUCAGUUUUACCGGGCAGCGUCCUGCAAAUGGAAUUGUCCGAUACAGUCUUUCCCCGGCUCUACUCAAGGGAUCAACAGGCUGCGACCCAAUCUUGAUCAAGAAAGCAACUGUGGUAGUCUCCGUGGACAUAAAACCCUCCGGGGGUGGGUAUUAG